AUGCUCCGUCGCCAUCCGCCUACGGUAACACCACGCUGCCGCAAUUUUUUAGAGCGUGCUGGACUGACGAGCAGCGAGGAGUCUGAUUCGAGCAUGAAUAACGAUUUUGAACGACGACCGUCCGCCGUCCGGAUGGCUCGACGAUUCACGCUGAAUCCCCUGAUAUUCGCUAAGGAAGAGCGCGAGCUGAGGCGGCAAUCGUUGGCACAGCUCAAACUGUCUUAUUAUCCAAAGAAUGCACAUCAUCUAUGUGGAGGAUAG